GACGUCGAUAGGCCGGCCCAUCUUUGAAAUUCGGAAAUGAACUUAUCAUUGCGUACUGUCGGGCUACUUUGAGAACGCUCGAGGUGAUAACAGAGCUAGCAUUACUAUCAAGACUAUAAAAGUGGGACCGUCAACCAUCCCUGAAAUCCGAGUCAGGAAACAAGAUUGGGAAACUAGUAGCUCAUCCGAGCCCGAAUCAAACAAUGACAAAAUCAUCAGUGGGUGCGAUUCUGGCUGUCGCACUUGCUGCCGCGACAGCGUCGCCGCCUGGAGCAGUUUACAUCGACCCUCUACUGUACAAUGAUGUGGGAGCAAACUAUACAAAAUGGCGCAACUCGUCCGCUAUUGGCUUUAACCCCACCAACACUGCACCACCAUUCAUUCAGGUCUUUGACCGCUCAUUCCUCGAUAUCACCGGACCAUUUGCCACCAUUCGCAAAAUUGCUUCGAAUCCUGGCUUUGCUUUUGCCCAUGAAGCACCCAUCUAUGUUCAAGAUCUAAACUUGGUCUUCUUUGCGAGCUCUGGUGGUGGCGUACUUGCAUACAGUGGCUGGUAUAACAACAGCGUUGUUAGCAUGAUCAACAUGACAGAAGUCGACGUAGCGCUGGCUUCUACGACCGGAGAUGUCAAUAUUCAGGUGCAAACACUCAACCUCUCCGAUGAUGUCCAAAUGGCCAACGGGGGAACAGGUCCAUACAAGGGAGACCUUCUGUUCGUCACCUCAGGUCGCGCUUUGCUUCCUCCUUCUGUUGUUCGCGUCAAUCCCAGCCCUCCCUACAAUACCACUGUUAUUCUGGACAACUUCUUAGGCAGGCAGUUCAACUCGCUUGAUGAUAUCAAAAUUUUCCCUGGCACGGAUAUUAUGUUCUUCACCGAUCCCACCUACGGGUGGCUUAGCGGUUUCCGUCCUGAACCAAUGCUACCAUCACAGGUAUACCGAUUUGAUCCGUCCACUGGGCAGGUCAGAGUUAUCGCUGACCAGUUUGUGCAUCCAAAUGGCAUUGCAUUCGCCCCCAACGGAAAAACUGCCUUCAUCUAUCAGUUUGACGUUGACCCAACGACGCAGUCAUUCACGAACCGUAGAGUGUUCGCCUACGCUGACUCCGGUGGACCAGAUGGCAUUCAGCUUGAUACCAAGGGAAACGUUUAUGCCGGCUGCGGGGAUGGUAUUCAUGUCUGGAAUGACGAAGGCACGCUCAUUGGAAAGUUCUACAUAAACAGCACUACAUCCCAGCUGAUCUUCACUAAGUCUGGUCUUGUUAUUUUGGAGGAAACAGCGAUGUAUGUGGCAAACAUUCAAGCUCAUGGAAUGACUCUAGCCACGUGA